AUGUCGUCAUCCGGCUUUGCAAAGGAGAGCCUGAACGCUGCUGCUAUAAGCGUGGAGACCCAAGACUCCUCCGUUCUUAAUGGCAUUUGCUCUGACGGGUCUGGCCAACACGACGUUGCAACCCUAGCGCUAACUCUGACCAACGGCAACGUUGUUACAGAGAUAUCUUCGCCGCGUAUUGUAUCCUCCAAGCAAGAAUCCUCCAGGCAAGAAUCCUCCAAGCAAGAGUCUCUGGAGAACGAGCCCGACGCCGCCGAUGGAAGCAACGAGGAACCGGACCUCAUCGGGGUUUCAGAACCCAUUGCUGUUAGUACGCUUGAAUGUUCCGGUCUAGCAACGCCGCCUAUGGAUGUUACCCUGGGCGAACAAGACAAAAGGGGGCCUGAGUUGGAGGAUGGAAACUGUCCUAGUAGGACUCUUCCGUUGCUCGUGGAUAAAACCACGAAGACCGAUUUCGAGGCGUUUUUCAGGAUCCAGCCAUCAGAACUAGGCGGCUUGGGAGCAUUCGCAGUACGAGAGCUGAAGAAAGGCGAGACCAUCUUGGUUGAGAGGCCGUUGUUGCGGACGACGCAUUUCCGGCUCAUGGUGGAUUAUCACAAUCUCUCCGAGGCGGCGAAGAAGACAUACCUAGGACUCCACGGCGGGGGAGGGGAUCCCUUCAACCGGGUCGAGCGCAUCAAGAAUCUGAAUUCUUUUGUCGUCCCGGGUGGGAUUGCGAUAUUCGAAAUUGCCUCCCGCUUUAACCACGCUUGCAGGUUAGCUAGGAAUGUCGAUUACAAGUUCGACGAUGAGCAGGGUGUCCUCUCCCUAACCAUUUCUCAAGAUGUGGUCCCGGCGGGUAGCGAGCUCUUCAUUAAUUACGGCGGAUCGCCCCUCGACUUAUAUUGGACUUACGGCUUCCGAUGCAGGUGCGGCGGCUGUACACCACUGACUGAUGAAGAUAUCAGGCGGCUGAAGGAGCAGGAGUAUGGCAUCUUCAAGUGGUAG